UCUGUCCCCAGUAUUUCCUAUUAUUAACUUUUAGUUGGCAACACCAUAAUAUACGACCUUUCGGGGAGCUUGUGUAAAUUGCGUGUAAAUUUGUUAUUGAACAUAUAUAAACAAGCAGCUAUGAGCACGUCUAAACUCUUGGUUGCUGCGCAAAGAACUUUUAAGAAUUCCACGCUUCCUUAUAGGAAUUUUGGUUUUUGUGCAGUUUUAAUGGCCAAAACUCCAACUGAUCCAAUUCAGAAGUUAUUCCUUGAAAAGUUAAAAGAAUAUGGAAAACUGAGCAGUACGCAAGGAAGUAAAUUAGUUGAUAUAUCGCCAGAAAAACAGAAGGAGUAUGAUGAAGGUUUAAAUAAUUUGAAGAAACAGUAUGGUGCUGAUAAAGAUGAUUUUUCAAAAUUUCCCACUUUUAGUUUUCCAGAGCCUAAACUUGAUCCUAUCAACCUGGAAGAAAGAAAUGAAGAAAAUAUUUAGAUAAUAAAUAUUACUAAUGUAGAAAUGUAUUCAAUGUAUGAACGUGAACUGAUUUCAAUUACAAUGUAAAUCUAAUUUAGUUCAUUGUGUUCUUUUUCUUAAAUAAUAUAAAAAUACUGCUCAUUAUUGAAAGAACAGUUCAUGUUUAAGUACAAUAAAAAAUCAUUAGUAAAGAUAUCAAGAAAAAUACUUAAAUUAUAUAUACACACAUACCCAUUCUUGUAGUUUAAUUAGUUUAUUAUUUUAUUUUUCAGAAUUAUUAAAAGUUGACUAAAUAUAUGAUUUAAUGAUAUAAACUGUAUGAAUUUUAAUCAGUACUUUAUUUAUAAGGGUUUUUGUUCAAUAAAAUGCUUCAAAAAUUUACUACUUUUAAUGGUAUAUAGAAUAGAUGUAUACUAAUACCAUAUAUAAAAUUAAGUUCCUAUUUUAUUAGUUUUUAUUAAAAAACUAUCAACAAGGGGUAUGCUGGGUCCCUCUUGCUUAUGCAGCAGAAAUGAAAUAUAAUCAUAAGGUAUAGUCUGGAAUACUUUUCUUUCUAUAGCAGAAUAUUUAUUCUUAAAGAGAAAGUAUACCUUGUCCUCAAAAUCAAGCCCACCAGUGGCCCAGAGGAUAAGACCAUUAAAUAUUUGUAUUAACACCUAAAAAGAGGUACAAGAUUUAUUCCCCAGAGCCACCGUUUUCCAAACAGGCGAGCAUAGUUAUGCGAUGUAUUGGGGGAAAAUAAGUACAAGUUUUACUUUCUAAAAACUGUUUAUUUUCACAAAAUAAAGACUAAAAGAAAAAAUGAAAGCUCAAAAUUUAAUUUUUAGAGUAAAAAUAUAAUAAAAAAAGAUUUUUGUAUAAUAAGAAAGAUCCCUCCAAAAAUGGAGUUUUGAUUAAUGUAUUUUUAGACUAAUAAAGUGUAAUAUCAGGUUUCAGUGUUAUACCUUGAAAAUCAGUAUAUCUAAAAAAACAUAUAUUUCUUCUGAAUUGGUUGGAUGCCAAGAUAUUUUUCUUGAUUUUCCUUUUGCAGGAUGUUAGUUCAUAUACUGGUCUGCAAAACAGUUAGUUUCAGUAACAAUAUGAACCACAAGCAGUUCAUCAAAAAAUAAUUCAAAAAGAUAGUGGGUUUGAAACAUCCGUUACAUCUCUCUUUAUUCCUGCCACAUGUUAUAGACAGUAAACGAAAAUGGAAGACACAGGGGAAAAAAAAAAUGUUUUACUCAAACAAGAAACAUGAGCAAAUACCACACAGUCAUUACUUUCACCUUUCAGAAACAUACCCCUCUCCAGUUCCUCCCCCUUCUCUGAAAUAGUAAUCUGCUUCCCAUACACUGUCAAGGCCAUUGUGGUGUUGCAUUGCAAAGCUUUGCAAAUGAUUUUACUGGUAGCAGUGCAAAACAAAUGAUAGCAUUUCAGAAGAGUGUAUAUAUAUGCCUGGGGCAGUUAACACAUAAGCUGAGCAAGGCAUAUAUAUAUAUGCCCAUGGCAGAUUCAAAUCAUAGAUAGCUAACUGGCUGAGAAUGUGGGUAACAAAUCAAUUUCUGCUGCAAAGUUCAUUAUGAAAGCAUCCCUUUUAUCUGUUCUGUGCUUUACACUAAGUUUGCACCAGUUAAACAAAUUCUUAAAAUUGAUAGUUUUUUAUGAAAGCAAUGCUUAACUAAGCUUGAUUUUUGCUUUAUUUUAUAUGUUUAAUAAUGUAACAUACAGGACUAUGUACUUCCUUUUAGCCACUUUAACUGUACUUGUAUCAUCAUCCAGUGUAAAAUUUCAUUCUUUAUUCUUUUGUGAACACACCUUUCUAUUCACAUUGCAGGGAUUUUAUUAUUAGUCUUGUUGCUAUUGAGAAGUUUCAAAAUAAUAUUAGACAAUGCUGAUAAAGUUAUAUAUACUGUUUUUAAUCUUUUGUGCUAAUAAACAAUAUUCUAUUAUAA